UUCCCGCCUUUUUAUGAUGAAAAGAUAUAUCUUCAAGCAUGGCUGUACGAUUGCACGUUAACGAUGAUUUACACGAAGAAAAAGAAUCUGUUAUACAUUUAAUGCCUUGUAAAAUACAUGGCGAUGGACCAGCUAAUGUUUCAUCCUUUUUUCAACCAUACAUACGCAAAAUAGAUAAUGAAAAUUACAAUAUUUCAUUCCGUGGAUAUCCACUUCAAGGAAAAAAAAUCAAGAUUCCUAGUGAUUAUAAAGGUAUAAUCUUUUUUGAACAUAAGAAACCGGAUGCUGAAAAUAUGCAACGUAACUUGUAUUCGAACGGGAGCUUCUCAGAAUUUACAUAUUGGAAUUAUGACAAAAUACCAUCUAAAAAUGAUGCCUUAGCAGCAGCAUUAGAUUGGAUCGACAUAGCAGAGGCACUUCAUGGUACAGAUAUAUAGCAGAACUUUUUAAAGAAUAAGCUAGUUUUAUGGAAAUGUUAAAUACACUUAUUAAAUUUUUUACUUUUGAUAUAAAAAUAUAAAAUAAAGAGAUUCUCGAAAUUGAA